UCAAUCACAAACCAUGGUGACAGAACUCUAGAGAGUUUCUGUAAAUGGCAGCAGUGGAUCACAAAAGACAGAUCCAGUGAAAAUCCAACUUACGACGGAGCAGUGCUGUUAACCAGGAAAGAUAUAUGCGCUAAUCGUUACUCCGCUUGUGACACUGUGGGAAUGGCGUUUUUGCAUGGAAUGUGUGACCCCCAAAAACGAUGCAGCGUCUCACAAGACAACGGACUAAAUGUCGCGUUUACGGUCGCGCACGAAAUUGGACACAAUCUAGGUGCAUAUCAUGAUGGGGACGGGAAUACGUGCCCAGACUCGGCUGGUUCAACACCUCACCUUAUGUCACCGCAAUGGCUGGCAAGAAAUCGCCGCGGCACUAUGAAGUGGUCAUGGUGCAGUAAAGCUUACAUCCAUUCUUUCCUCAAGUGAGAGUUGCUUUUGUAUUUAAGAAAUAGAAAAAAAGGUACCGUGUUUCUAUCGAGUUUUAGUAUAAAU